AUGGCUACCAAAAUUGGAUCUUUUAGGCAUAGCUUUGCAGAAAGGAGCAAGGAAAGGUUGCUCUCUAGAAAAGGGUACUCGGACUUUGGCCUGAACAGCUACUACAAUGAUGAAGAAGCAGUCAAAUGCUGGAGCUUUCGAUCACUAUCUGAUAGGAUCACCAGCUUUUGGAAUGUUGUACAGAAUUCUGCUAUUGUAUUAUAUAAGAUGGGUCACGCAGAUCCUCGAAAAUUCAUUUUCGCUGCCAAGAUGGGCCUGUCUCUAGCUCUUGCUUCAUUAUUCAUAUUCUUGAGCGAACAUCUCAAGGACGUUAGCCAAUACUCAAUCUGGGGAAUUCUGACAGUCGUCGUCGUUUUUGAAUUCAGUGUAGAUAUUGAGGUGGUUUUGAUUGUGGUUGGUUGUUUUCCAGGAGCAACACUUAGCAAAGGAUUCAAUCGUGCUUUAGGGACAUUUUCUGCCGGUGCUCUGGCUAUUGGCAUUGCUGAGUUCGCUUUGCAUGCUGGAGCUUUUCGAGGAGUUGUUCUCGUAAUCUGUAUUUUUAUCGCAGGAUUUUCUGCAAGCUAUGUAAAAUUGUACCCUACCAUGAAGCCUUAUGAAUACGGAUUCAGGGUAUUCUUGCUGACGUACUGCAUAGUAACAGUGUCUGGGAGCUCAUCAUCGUUUUUCGAAACAGCUGUUUAUCGGUUGUUGCUCAUUGCCAUUGGGGCUGGGAUAUGUUUGGCUGUAAACAUUUGUAUACUUCCCAUAUGGGCAGGGGAAGAUCUUCAUAAAUUAGUGGUGAAAAAUUUCAAUGGUGUUGCUACUUCCUUGGAAGGUUGUGUUAAUGGAUAUCUGCAAUGUGUGGAAUAUGAGAGAAUCCCAUCAAAGAUUUUAAUAUACCAAGCUUCUGAUGACCUAUUGUACAGUGGCUACAGAUCUGCUGUGCAAUCUACCACCCAAGAGGAAUCUCUAUUAAGCUUUGCAAUUUGGGAGCCACCUCACGGUCCUUAUAGAUCCUUCAAUUAUCCUUGGAAAAACUAUGUACAAGUAAGCGGAGCAUUGAGGCAUUGUGCAUUUAUGGUCAUGGCAAUGCACGGAUGCAUCCUCUCAGAAAUUCAGGCACCACCGGAAAAGAGACAAGUUUUCAGUAGUGAGCUUCAAAGAGUUGGUAAUGAAGGAGCUAAAGUAUUACGAGAGCUUGGAAAAAAAGUUGAAAAGAUGGAAAAGUUAAGUCCAGGAGCUGACAUCCUGCUAGAAGUGCAUGAGGCAGCAGAAGAGUUGCAAAUGAAGAUAGACCGAAAUUCCUACCUUUUGGUCAAUUCAGAAAGCUGGGUAGCUGAAGGACCAGACAAAGGAUUUGAAGAUCCAAAGAACCUUGUUGAAGUCAAAGAUGACGAAAAUAAACUGAUUAGCUCCAGUAGCGAAACAUGGCUGGAUGUUCAGAAUCAAAAUAUAAGCAUCAACCCUUCCAUGACAGAAAGUAUGUUCAAGCAGCCAGUAUCAUGGCCCCAUCUCUCCUCCUCUACAGGUGGUUCCAUGAUCUCUGAAGAAGAAUCAAAAGUAUAUGAGAGUGCCAGUUCCUUGUCCUUGGCAACAUUCACAUCGUUGUUGAUAGAGUUUGUAGCAAGGCUACAAAAUCUUAUCGCUGAAUUUCAAGAGCUUAGUGAGAAAGCAAAUUUCAAGGAGCCUAUAGACACAUCAGAGGAAAAAAAUGGCAGAUGA